AGAUAAAGAAACGACUCUAGUUGAAAUUGGAGAAAACUUGAUGGAAAGUACAGGAGAAGAUACGGCGUAUCUCUUGGGCCCCACAGAUAUGAACAGCGUAAACUGCAAAAAGGAGUAAAGCCGUAAAGGACUCCAGCAGGGACAGAACUGUAGAGCAGCAGUGGAAAUCGUAUACACACCGAGCUUUGUUCUCUAGGGUUUCGCCUCCAGAGAUGCCAACCAUGGGAACACACGAGGAUGACAGCCGUACGUCGCCGCCGUUACCGGACCCACCGUCGGAGGACCAAAAGCUAGAGUUUCCGACCGCUGAUCCGAGCAAGGAUGAUUUGAUUGGAAGGAUGGAAAAUUUAGUGCUGAAAUCCGAUGCAGAUCACGACGGCAUUGGUAAUGCUGAUGGAAACAAGGACGGCGGCGCACUCGGAAGCACUGGAUUUCUGCCGCUGCGGCCGUACGCCGGAGACUGCCCUCACUUCGUCCGAACUGGCACUUGUAAAUUUGGACCGAGCUGUAGGUAUAAUCACCCAAUCAAGAAGUUGCACCAGCUUUCUGAUGGAGGCUUUGAGUCUGGCAUUUCUGGCGUGAUUGAGUGCAAGUACUUCUCUACUGCAGAAGGGUGCAGGUAUGGAAAAUCUUGUAGGUAUGUCCAUCCUGGUGAAGAAUCUGACGUUACACCUCAGCUGAACCAAUUGGGUUUGCCAACACGUCUGGGAGCGAAGGAGUGUCUAUUCUACAUACGCAAUGGUUCAUGUAGAUAUGGAUCUCGUUGUGUAUAUAAUCACCCUGAACCUGCUUCUGUAGAAGGCUAUAUACAUCAAAAUCCAAUGGAUGGAAAAUUUGUUAAACAAGUAGGUGAUCUUUCAGAAAAUCGCAAUGUUGGUUAUAUGCAUCUAUCAGGGGCAUCAGAAGCAUAUCAAGCACCCAGGUCUUUGAACAAGUUAUCUGGCAAUAUUGACGCGUAUUUGGGUAACCUCAUAUCUCCUCAGUGGGUGGAUAAACAACCAAAAUGGAAUGGCUAUCAGGCCUCAAGCUAUUUGCCUCGAACUGGGAAUUCUUACUCAGCCCCAAUCACCGAUGGUUCUCUUAGGAAGGUAGAUAUCUCUGUGGAUAUUGAUGAGUUCCCUGAACGACCAGGUCAGCCUGAAUGUGAUUUCUUCAUGAAAACGGGAGAUUGCAAGUUCAAACUCACAUGUCGGUUUCACCACCCCAAAAACAGGGCAUGUAGGCCAGGUGAAUGCGUUCUUAAUGAGAAUGGUCUGCCACUGAGACCUGGUAGAAGUGUUUGUCGGCAUUAUGAGCGCCAUGGUCUUUGCAAGUUUGGUCGUGCAUGCAUGUUUGACCACCCAGCAAGCCAUAGUUUGUCAACAUAUCCUGUCUGGAGUUCUGUAAAGACUGAUUCUGGUGGCGGCAAUUGUGGCGGCUGGGCUGAUUAGUUGCACAUUGCCAGGUUGUCAUUUUGUUUUGUCUAUCUAGGAAGCAUUUUGGAUAGCUAGAAUUCUAGUUUAUUAAUUAUAUAAGCUCAUUGGUGACCUAGAUUCUGUCAAAAAUACUCAAAUUAAUAGGGCUUCUUUUUGUCGAUGCUUUUGUCUAUUGUGAGGAAAUCAUCAAAUUGCAACUGCUAGGGUGAUGUUUAGUAAGAGAAACCUAAACGUGCAUCGAGAAACAGAGAGGGAUAACUUAAAUCAUUGUCUUGAUGUGAUUAUUCUAUUUUACCGUUU